GAGAGAAAGCAGCAGGUAAACUCACAGUCCUCACGAGACAGAAACAUUUACUUGGUAACAUAAGCCUCACAAAAUGGCAGCAAAAACAAACUUCAGAGAAGGAAGAAACGCUCGAAACAAGUAUGAAUCGAUCUUUGAAGGAGAACACAUUUUAAUAAAUGAUCUGAGGACGAGAAAAGAAAUAGUAGAAAGACCCAUUUCCCGUUACAUUAAUAAAGAAAUCAUAGGCUACCCAACUUCUGUUGAAUUCCACAUCACAGAAGUGGCUCAUGUCACCAACUUGACUAGUCUUCACAAGAUCUGGGACUCUGAGGGAUUCAAAGGUCACAAUGAAAAUCAGUUUUCAUGGUGGAGCCAGAAGAUUAAUAAUUGUGAUAUUCAAGAAGCUGAAGAGCGUUACCUUGAGAGAUUAUUCCCAAACAGAAGUAAAGAAGCGAAAUCAGCUCAGCAGCCAGUUUUAAAACAGUUCACUACAUCUCCUUUGUUCAACAACGAAAUCUCACGCUACGGAAACUUCAGGUUCACGUUUCCUCUGUCUGAACUGAUGGAGACCUACAAGAAGCAGAAAUGUGAGGGUGAAGAGCCUGUUCUCAGAGUAUAUGGGACUAAGAUUUUCAGGCAGGAGAUUGAGUAUGUUGUUCUUGUUCACAGCCCUCAGUUUAAUGAGAAAUUCAAGAAUUUCCCAUUGCUAACAUCUAGCCCAAUUGUUGACUAUGAUGGUCAUCGAAUUAUCUGGAAAGCUCAAGCCAUUUGUGAAACACACAACUUAGAACUGGACUUACAACUCGGUGACAUACUGGUGGCAAAACCUAUGUUUUAUCAGUUUUACGUGUGGGAUCAGGUCAGCUUUGCCUUUCACACCAACGAGGUCCUGAUCUUCCCUAAAACAAAGCUUAAAGCAAGCCUCAGAUGUUGUGAACAUGAUUCAAAAAUUGAUCUUUCACUUGGAAAAAACUGCUCUUCUGUUAAAGAUGCUGAGAGAGUCGCUGAGAGUCUGAAUGAUGGUGAAAAAGAGGAACACAAAUCUGAGGAAAUAAAAUUGGAAAAGGACUGACUGCCUCUCAUUUACUAACCACGCACUAAUUUAUGCAACCCAAGCUCAUUCUAAAAAUGCAUCGCUAUAUACAUUUCUGGAGAGCGCCAAAUACCUCCCAGGAGCUACUUUUUUUGCAGUUUUUGUAAAUCCACCAGAGGGCGCUGUGAACGCUUUUAAAGCUCUCAAAUUUCUCUUGCGAGCACCAUUCACACAUGCUGU